CUUUCAGGUGUUCGGUGCGGAGUGGUUUUUUCGGUGGUUUGCCUAAAUUCAGUCACGGCAUUAUGAAGGUGUGUUUCAUAAUAUUCUCUUUGGUGGCACUAGCCGCUGCGGAUGCUGAGGUGCAAGAACCUUCUACCGUUUUGCAGCCCCCGAGUGAAGGUCAGCAGGACUUUCAUGCUCCUUGGACUGAACAGAACACCUGGCAACCGAUCGUCGAUCCACAGCAACCAAUCAAUGAAGAACAAGCUGGCACUCACGAUCAUCAUCCGCAUGAAAGUUAUACCAGUAACGUUCAGUACCAGAGCCAGCAGUUUCAGGACCACAACACCAUCGAAAGCACUCCAUCCAGCGUAGCGGUUCAGGUCAAUCACCCACACUGUGCAACUUCGUUCACCAACGUAAACCGAUAUGACACACAAUGGCCAAACAGCAACUCUGUUGUUGCCUUGUCAAGUUAUCAUACCGAGCAGCAGCCAGCCGUGGUCGACUACAGCAACAAUGUAGCCCUCUCGAAUCCAUGGAGUGGCAACACCGAAUACAUCAACAACAACAACAACAACAAUCUUGGAGUAAACUCUAAUCUAUGGAGUGACAAUAACAACCUGCAUCAUGCUGCCGUUUAUCAACACCACCAGCCAAGUUAUGGACAUGCAUACAAUCACUAUGAUAGUGCCAGCCUCAAGCACCAUCAACCCGCGGCCAAGUACAUCGCCAUCACUCCCGGAUCUAUCCACAUUGCUCCACUGCCGGGUCACACCGUUUCGCAGAAGUUUCUGAACCUAAAUCAGGCAGGUACCUGGUAAUUAUGGACGGUUCCUACUAAUUUGUUGAUUAGUUUGUAAUACAUUGAGAAGACUGCUAAUAAAAAAUGUGAUUUCAUUGCACAGUGGUACAGAACGACAAUUUAGGCGGACAUGGGGGUUUCGACGCGAUUUUGUGAUUUUACAGCAAUACUUUCUAUGGAGAAGUUGCUUCUUAUAUAUAGGUCUAUA